AUGGCAGCUUACCCCAGGUACAUUUCUCAGUCCCCAUUGAGUGUUAAUAAGCAAAUUGCUCAAAACAUGAUGUUUCAAAAAGUGACGAUAAAUCAUACCUCUCCCGCUUCACAUAAGUCCACGUCAGCACUCCCAAAUGGAUGGAAGCGCGAGGAGGCAUUGAGACCGCAGGGUCUUAACAAUGGCAAGUCGAUCGUGUCGUACAUUUCUCCUAGCGGGGCACAAAUAAGGACACAGAAGGAAUUGCAAAUUGCACUGGGGGAUAGAUAUGAUGUAUCGCUUUUUGACUGGCGUAGUGGAAAAUUUUCGAGCCCUCCUUUGAAACACAAGAUGUCUGCCACCUCGGAAAGUAGACUAGAUGACACUGAUUCUGAUUGGUGUCGUCGCAUUUCAUCUUCGUCCUUUCCAAAACCGCUUAUAUUACUAAACCAUAAUGACAGUAAACAGUCGGACAAGCCUUCCACCCAGGAAUGCUUAAAACAACUCUUUUCGGAGCGUCGCCUUGCAGACCGUACAGCCGUAGAUCACCGCGAUGGCAAAACCAUUGCUUUAUUCUCCCUUCCACAGAGCAUCGAAUCUGCUGGCGUGCCUGGAUACGAUAAAAAUCAGCUAAUACAAAAUCUGAUUGUCUCUCUGGCUUCAAAACGGGGUCCCAUUACGGGACAGGAACGGACUGUGGAACAGAACCCAUGUGCUGUACUUAAUCGGAAUCAGCCUUUUGUUAAAAGUUUUGUUAUAACCGAUGAGGACAUACGCAAACAUCAGCAACGUGUCACUGAACUCAGAGAACGAUUGCAAGCCCUGAGAAAGUUGCACACCUCCGUAGGUUGCUCUUCGUCUUCUUAG